ACGCGCUGAGUCUGUCUGUCCAGGUGAGCUCAGACCCGCUCGCGCUUACAUGCUCGCAUCCCGCGUUUGCUUGCUUGAGAAUAUGAACUUGAUUUUUUCUCCUGUGAUCAGAAACCGUGAGGACUAAUGGGGAUUGUUUCACUCUACAUUGUCCUUCACUUCUGGCUCGGCACUGUCGGAGGGACGUGUUCUCAAUUUAACGCUCUCUCCUGUGACGAGUGUCUGCAGCUGGGGCCACAGUGCGCCUGGUGCACACUACAGAAUUUCACUGACUUCUUUUCAAUCGACGAGAGAUGCGACACACCCGAGGCUCUUCUUCAGAAGGGAUGCUCUGGCGAAUUCGUGGAGUUCCCCGUCACGAACGUCAAAAUACUGAAGGAUCAAGGCUUAGGAAAGAGCGCCGGCCACACUAACGUUUCGUACAUCGCACCACAGAAGAUGCGCCUCCAGCUUAGACCAGGAAGCCAGCUGACCUUUCAGAUUCGAGUGCAGCAACCGGAGGACCAUCCGGUGGACAUUUAUUACCUGAUGGACCUGUCAGCGUCUAUGUAUGAUGAUCUGAAAAUGAUCAAAGACUUGGGCUCGACGCUCUCAAAAGAGAUGGCUAAGCUUACCAGCAAAUUCAGACUAGGAUUCGGUUCCUUUGUAGAGAAACCAGUUUUGCCUUUCAUCAAGAUAACACGCGAAGAGUUGGCCAAUCCCUGCAGGAGUGUUGAUUUUGAAUGUCUCCCCACAUUUGGAUACCGACACCUUCUGUCGUUAACGAGCAGUACUGACAAGUUCAAUGAGAUCAUCUCAAAGCAGCAGGUAUCGGCGAACAUCGACGUGCCAGAGUGCGGUUUUGACGCCAUCAUGCAGGCAGCGGUGUGCGGGGACAGGAUUGGCUGGCGGAACGAUUCCAUGAAGCUGUUGGUGUUCGUGAGCGAUGCAGAUUCUCAUUUUGGGAUGGACAGUAAGAUGUCCGGCAUCGUUGUCCCCAAUGAUGGAGAGUGUCACUUGGACAACAAUAAUGAGUAUUCCAUGACUGCCCAUCUGGAGUACCCAACAUUAGGGCAGCUUGUGGACAAACUGGUUGAAAACAAUAUCCUCCUUAUAUUCGCUGUGACAGACAAUCAGAGGCAGAACUAUGAGAAUUAUGCAAGUCUGAUUCCUGGUGCUACUGUGGGGGUGUUGGCAUCCGAUUCAAGGAACAUUCUGCAACUCAUCAUGACCUCAUAUAAGGAACUGAGGUCAGAGAUCGAUCUGGAGGUGCUGGGCAACACUGAGGAUCUGCAGCUUUCCUUCACAGCACUCUGUCAGGACGGGGCCAUCAUCACCGGACAUAAAAACUGCUCCAAUGUCAAAGCUGGUGAUGUGGUAUCUUUUAAUGUUACGAUCGAGUUAAAAGGCUGUCUUGCCGGUCCACGGCAGUUUUCCUUGCGGCCGGUGGGUUUCCAAGAUGCCCUGGAGAUCGAACUGGAGUCUCAGUGUGUGUGUGACUGUCAUCAAACCCCCGAAGCGAACAGCACCUUCUGCAGCCGAGGGCAUGGGGCGCUGGAGUGUGGCACCUGUGUGUGCGAUCCAGGCUUCGUGGGACCGAAGUGUGAGUGCACAGAAGGCCAAGAACAAAUCAGCGACUGCAGGGCGCAUGAAGGUGUGGAGAUGUGCAGCGGCCUGGGUGAGUGUUUCUGUGGACAGUGUGUGUGCCAUCCGUCCAAUUUUGGACACGUUUACGGGCCGUACUGCGAGUGCGACGACUUUUCCUGCCUCAGGUUCAGAGGAGAGCUUUGCGGAGGUCACGGGGAAUGUGACUGUGGCGAGUGUGUGUGUCACAGCGGUUGGAUGGGAGAGUUCUGUAACUGCAGCACCAGCAACAGCUCAUGCAUGUCUCUGGAUGGUUCCAUCUGCAGCGGACGGGGCAAGUGUGUGUGUGGGAAGUGCGAGUGCACCGUUCCCGGAGCCUCAGGAGAGUGGUGCCAAAGGUGCCCAACCUGUGGAGAUAUCUGUAGCUUGCCCAGGUCUUGUGUGGAGUGUCACCUCAAAGCUAAGGACCCGUUGGACGAGUGUGCUGUGAAGUGCAACUACUAUUGUUGUAAUAUAUUUUUAUUGUCAGAUUUUGAGGAGAGUCGGGCGGCAUUGUGCACCUUACAGAAUGAGGACUACUGUCUACUGUCAUUCAGCUUGGUGGACAGUGAUCACGGCAGCAUUAUUUACAACCCCAAGCUUUACGACUGCCCUGAGCCGCCAAACGCACUGUUGAUCGCUCUGGGCGUGUGCAUGUCUGUCCUCAUUAUUGGCAUUACUCUCCUUGUGAUCUGGAAGUUUCUUGUUUCUGUCCAUGACCGGAAAGAGGUUGCCAAGUUUGAGGCAGAGAAGGCGAAAGCAAAAUGGCAGUCGGGCACAAAUCCUCUUUUCAGGAGCUCGACAUCAACUUUUAAAAAUGUGACCUACAAAAGCGCAGGGCAGCAGAAGAGGGAUAUUUCUUAGGGCUACUGACCACCUUUGUGUGUUAAAACACAAAAUGCAGGCUUCUAUUUACCAGGAGCAAUUACUUUUUAUGAAUGAUUUAUUUUCUUGUACUGUACAAGUGAGUGAGAGAGAGUGUGUGUGUGUGUGUGUGUGUGUGUGUGUGUGUGUGUGCUUGUAAGCUGGGGGCAGGACUGUCAGAUACUGGCAGGGAAUUUAUUUUAAAAACUGUAAAUAAUUUAAACAAUGUGUUGUGCUGCUAAAAGUGCUAAAGGUACUGUUAAAUCUGGGCAACACUGGAUCUUCUUGUUUUACAUUUAGCGUUUCUUGUGGUUGUUGCAGCAAAAUGUAGUUAUUUGUGACAGAUGUUUGUGAUUGGUUAGUUGAGGCUGAGCCUUUUGUAAUUAGAUAUGAUUAAUUAUGGCUUUUGCUGGA